AUGGUUGAUUUUGCAGCAAAACACAACAUAACAGCUGAUAUUGAAGUUAUUUCAAUGGAUUAUGUGAACACUGCUAUGGAGAGACUUGGUAAGGCUGAUGUCAGAUACCGAUUUGUCAUUGAUAUUGGGAACACCUUGCUCUACGCUACCACAUUUUUUACUUCCAAAAAAUGGCCAAAGUCACCAGAAGAACAACACCCUAUAAAGGCUUUUGGGUGGGCAGCUAUUGACCCUUCUGGUCAUCUCUCCUCCUUCAAAUUCUCCAGGAGGGAAACAGGUGAUGAGGACGUGAGAUUUAAGGUGUUAUAUUGCGGGAUAUGCCACUCUGAUCUUCACAGUAUCAAAAAUGAAUGGGGCAACUCUAUCUACCGUAUGGUUCCGGGGCAUGAAAUCGUAGGAGAAGUGACAGAAGUGGGUGGCAAAGUAACGAAGGUUAAAGUUGGAGAUAAAGUUGGUGUUGGAUGCUUGGUUGGUGCAUGCCACUCCUGUGAUAACUGUGUAAAUGAUCUUGAAAAUUACUGUCCCAAAUGGACACUCACUUACAACUCCAUUAACACUGAUGGAACAAUCACAUAUGGAGGCUAUUCCGAUCAUAUGGUCGCCAAUCAACGCUACAUUGUUCGGUUCCCUGAUAACAUGCCACUUGAUGCCGGUGCUCCUCUUCUCUGUGCCGGGAUUACAGUUUAUAGCCCCUUGAAAUAUUAUGGAUUAGCCAAAGCAGGAAAGCACAUUGGCGUGGUCGGCCUUGGUGGGCUUGGUCAUGUGGCUGUUAAAUUUGCCAAGGCUUUUGGAGCUAAAGUGACAGUAAUUAGUACCUCCCCAAGUAAGAUGAAAGAAGCUUUGGAACAUCUUGGUGCUGAUUCAUUUUUGGCUAGCCGUGUGCCUGAACAAAUGCAGGCUGCCGUGGGUACAUUGGAUGGUAUUAUCGAUACGGUGUCUGCAGUCCAUCCACUUUUGCCAUUGCUCAGUCUAUUGAAGUCCAAUGGAAAGCUUAUUAUGGUUGGUGCCCCAGAAAAACCACUAGAGUUGCCAAUCUUUCCUUUACUUAUGGGAAGGAAGACCGUGGCUGGGAGUAUAAUUGGAGGAAUGAAAGAGACGCAAGAGAUGGUUGAUUUUGCAGCAAAACACAACAUAACAGCUGAUAUUGAAGUUAUUUCAAUGGAUUAUGUGAACACUGCUAUGGAGAGACUUGCUAAGGCUGAUGUUAGAUACCGAUUUGUCAUUGAUAUUGGGAACACCUUGGCAGCUACCAAGCCUUGAUGACUAGAUUGGCGUAUUUCUAAGUUUUUUCACAUUGCUUUGAAUUUUUUUGAGUGCUAAAAUGCACCAGGUUUCUGCAAAGAUUUAUGUUAUAGAAUAUCACUGCAUGGCAUCAUGUAUUACAAUAUAUUCUAAGUUGUCAAUAAAAGUAUAAAACAAUAAC